GCAGCACAGCGCAGCGCAGCGGGGCCGGACGCGCCUCCCCCGAGGACACAAAAGCGGCGCGGCGCGGAGCCGCCCGCACAGCCCGGAGCAGGCGCCGCUGCCGCAGGAUGCCGAACUGGGGUGGAGGGAAGAAGUGCGGCGUAUGCCAGAAGACGGUGUACUUUGCUGAGGAGGUGCAAUGUGAAGGCAACAGCUUCCACAAGUCCUGCUUCUUAUGCAUGGUCUGUAAAAAGAACCUGGACAGCACCACCGUCGCAGUGCACGGGGAAGAGAUCUACUGCAAGUCCUGCUAUGGCAAGAAGUACGGCCCCAAAGGCUACGGAUACGGGCAAGGAGCCGGGACCCUGAGCACCGACAAGGGCGAGUCGCUGGGAAUCAAGCCUGAAGAGAGCCAGCCUCACCAACCCACCAACAAUCCCAACGCUUCCAGGAUGGCCCAGAAAGUGGGUGGCUCUGACGGGUGCCCACGCUGCGGGCAGGUGGUGUAUGCUGCUGAGAAAGUGAUUGGAGCUGGAAAGUCCUGGCACAAGGCUUGUUUCCGAUGUGCCAAGUGUGGGAAAGGCCUGGAAUCCACCACCUUGGCUGACAAAGACGGAGAAAUCUACUGCAAAGGAUGUUACGCCAAGCACUUUGGGCCUAAGGGUUUUGGCUUUGGGCAAGGAGCUGGUGCACUUGCCCAUGCCCAGUGAGGUGCCAGGCCUGGCCCCGCUGACUCUCCCUUGCCAUGCUGGUGCCUUGCUGAUGCUGGGAGUGUCCUGUGCAGCGAGGGAGCCCAGCCCAUCUGCUUCCUAGUGCCAAUGCCUCUCUUCAUAACUAACAACCUCCUGCUGCUUCUCACGGCACUACACCAUUCCUGCCAGCUGGUUCCAGCAAUGGAUCUGACCCAGAGGCCUUGGGAUCAAUGGAGAUCUCUCCGCUGUACAACAGGGGCCUUUGGCUCAUGAGCUGCUGGCACCAGCGGAGGUGAGAUGGGUUCAUCUCUAUAACACACAUGCACACACACACACUUGCAGAGUGUAGAUUCCACUCUUCAGAGCAGACAGCACCACUUGGUUUGUGACAUGAUAAUACAUUCACAAGUGACACCUGGGUGCUUUAUCCAUAUCCAUUUAGGAUCUGAGCCCAGCUAGGCAGUGUGAUGUCACAGGAGUAUAUAGUGUGUCUCAUUGGACCAUUAAUUGCUAUAAAAAUCAGAACUGACAGAUUAUUGGGACUUGCAGGGGGGAAUAAUACCAACUCUUGGGUGGGCUGGAGGGAACAAGAGACCAAGUGACCAGCCUAGGUGAGAGAGUCAGAUAAGGGUAAAGGCAAUAUUUUAUUAAUCACAUGUAUUUAAAGCAUAGAUUCAAGGCAUGGUUGGGUGUAAAUCAUGGGCUAAGUCCCAUGCUGGUAUAAAUGGCAGGGCCUGUUGACUUCAGUAGACAUAUGCUGCUUUACACCAGCUGAGAACUUGGCUCUAAAUCUAGUAAACCAUGAAGUCACCAUUUUCAGAAGUGGGUACUGAUUCUGCUGUUGUAGGGAGCCUAAUUUGUGAUGGCCAGGGCCCCAUUUCUUUCAAAACCAUUUGGAGCCUCUCUAACUCCCCACAGCUUCAGGGGGGCGUUUAGCACAUCCAGGCUGUGCGGAGCAGAGCUUCUGGAGUCAAAACCACACCACGUCUUUGGCAAAGGUCGAAACAGGUGGCCCAGGCUCAUGUCCCUGCUUUACUGACAGCAUCGUGGAAUAUUAGUCUGAGAACAUGAAGGCAAUCUGUGCUGCCUGCCAGCAUUGCUGCCAGUUUUUUUCCAUGUAGUUUGUCUCUGCCUGAGCAGUGUAGGUAUUCUAAGGGGUGAUUCAUGCUUGUGUCACAGCAGACCCCACACUGCUUGAGGUGCAGACUCCGCAGGCAAGCCUUUUUUUCUUGCCCAGGCCAGUGUUGCUCUCAGUUCCUGGGCUGCAGCUGAAAUGGGAGGUGACAUUUUUCAGGGUGCCCUAGAAGCUUGAGCCCAAUUUUAAAAUGGGAAUUCAGGCUCUUAAGCCAUGCAAGCACUUCUGACAUUUUUACUCUGAAUUGGGCCUUGCUGUAUUCCUUGGAUUUUCUUUGGAGGCCUUGCAGUCUGUAGCAACACCUUUGGCCGAGGUUUCUGAAGGUAUAGGAACGAUCCCCUUAAAUGUCUCCAGAAAUGUUGCUCCAUCUUAUAUGUGUGGAUAAAUUUGGGGUCCAGCUAGAGAUGGCCACUUCCCCUUCUAAGUUUUUGCUUGGGGGAGAAGAGGAGGUCAGGACAGGCUUUGCCUUCAUGAUCUCAGAUGAUUCCCAGCCUCAGCAGAACAGUCAUUCCCAUGACAAAGAUGCAAGGGUUUACUGAAGAAAGCAUAGAUUCAAGGCAUGGUUGGGUGUAAAUCCUUCUGGAUGUCAUCUGAGAAAAGAGCAUCACUUUUACUUCUCCCCCUUCCCUUUGGGGUGGGGGAGCAAGGGUUUAGGGUUCCUUCCCCACGUGCCUUUUCCACGAGAGCUGGGCGGACACUAGGCAGCCAUAUUUCUUCUGUACUUGCCACAUGCAGGGAUUGUGUCCAAGCAAAGUUGUAUAUUCAAUAAAGCUGUAAGAACAGAA